AUGUCGACUUUUGAGUCGCCUAAAAAGGCACCUGGUGUGCAGCAGCGGCAGCAGGCAACAGCAACGUACCUGUGGUGCCCUCCUCUGCUUAACCCCCUUCGCCUGCCUCUCCCACCCCUCCUCUCCCACCCCUCUUUCCCAUUCAAUAAUGCAGAGUGGCAGCAUGCAACAGCAACAUGCCUAGCGGCAGCAGGCAACAGCAAUGUGCCUGUGGUGCUAUCUCCCCGCAACAUAAACGUCGGCAACGCCACCGGCAUGGCACCCCGCGCCUUCCUUUCAGUCUACAAGAUCUUCUGGGGAAACUCAGUCACAGGCGGCGGGAUCACUGCCACGUAUGCUGACGUGGAGGCAGCAGUCAACGCGGCUGUCGCUGACGGGGUUGACGUCAUCUCGCUCUCUCUGGGCGGCGCGGACCCCAGUGCCACGUAUUUCAGCGAUCAGACGUAUUUAUACGCGAAUCUGGCCGGCACAGUGGUGGUUUAUGCAGCAGGAAACUCUGGCCCGCCUCCCAUGAAUCCUUCAAUGUAUCGCAGCAUCUCCAACUUCUCGCCGUUCUACCUCACUGUUGGUGCCAGCACCAUCGCUCGCAGCUAUGUGUCAGCAGCCACUCUGGGCGACGGGCGGGUUGUGAAGCUGUACGGGUUUGGCUCGGGGAACGCGCCGGUGCAGGGACUGGGGUUGGUGGAGGGUGCUGCCGCGCGGGCAGCCGGGAAGGCUGCGAUCGAGGGACUGGGGCCGGUGGAGGGGGUUGCAGUGCGGGCAGCCGGGAAGACUGCAAUUGAGGGCCAGUUCUGUUCCAACGACUCACUGAACGCCACCAAGAUCGCUGGAAAGACAGCACCGGCGGCAACCUACCCUCAUCCAUCCCCAUUCCCUCCCCCUUCCUCCCCCACCCUGCAGGGCCAGUACUGUGCCGAAGACUCACUGAACGCCCCCAAGAUUGCCGGAAAGAUCGGCCAAUACUGUGCGGACGACUCAUUGGAUGCCACCAAGAUCGCCGGCAAGAUCGUGCUGUGCUCGUAUGGAUGGACCAGCGCCAGCAGCAAGGCAAUAGAGGUCGCUAGCAAGGGCGGCAGCGCUAUGAUUGUGGUGGAUGUGGUUGCAGCAGCGAGAGCGUACCCGAUUUACAUGGCUCGAUUGCCGGUCAUGGGAGCAGAGGCUAGCAAGACCGAUGUUUUGCGUGCGUACACCCGCACCGCUGCCAGACGUAACCAGCGAUUAAGCCCCGGAGAUCGCGUAUUCUCCUUUGACUCACCAGCUUCCUCCCUCCAUCUACCCAUUCCCCCUCUUCCCCCUGUCCUCCCUCUCCCUCCCGCCGCCAGCCCGACUGCAUCCUUCGCCUACACCUUUAAGACAGACGUCACCAGCGAUCAAGCCCCGGAUAUCGCGUAUUUCUCCUCUACUGGUCCGCUCGUCAACCCCGCUACUGCAGCCAGCCUCUCUUUCCCCACCAACGACAUCUUAAAGCCCGAUAUAAUCGGUCCCGGCGUUUCCCUAUGGGCCGCUGCGCCGUCCUCGUCUCUCGCGACUCAGGCACUCAAGAGGAACUCUGAUGCCUUCCUUCCUACAGCCGACGGGUCUGACUACCCUCUGGAGCUAUGCCCAGUGGCGCCCUUAAAGGGCGUAUCCCCGGCUGGUGGCAAGAUUGGUUAG